AUGUAUUGUGCCGUUAGCUAUUUUAAACCAAAUAGUGUAAUGGGUGAGGAUGGAUUUUCUAUUGAGGAAGCUUAUCGUGCAGUCUCAAAAAAUGGACCAAUUGAGACUUUUAAAAGAGAUUUAAAUAAAGUAGGUACUGGCAAGUAUUGGAUGUAUACUGAAGAAUAUUUUUAUCCAAGACAAUGUAACUAA